UGGCUCAUCAGCAGGGCCGGUGUUUCCUACCCGCGGAAUCCGCAGCGCCCAUCACAGCGCUGGAGCAUGGGAGGCCUCAGAACUGUGCUCAGUAACUCGCUGAAUACACGGAUUAACGUGCUGGUUCGCCCAACAUCUGUGCGUCGCCGUGAAGAAUAAUUCUCGCAACUCUUCUCGUAUCCUCUAGUUCCUCGCUCCGUGGUGUUUAAUCUCAGCGAGCAAAGGAACUUCUCUGCAGGGUGGGAUGUGCUAAACCGCGCUUUUAUUCCCGAGGCAAUCUUUACGGUACCCGAGGCCCAAGCCCAAGCCGCAGAGACAGCUGCCCGGUGGCGCGAGUAAUGCUGACCUUUGUCAUACCAGACUUUCCUUAUUAAUACUUUUUUCCAGUGCUCCAACCACGGCUUAUUCUGUGACUCCCGGCGGUGAUGCCAUAAAAGCACAAGCCGAACGUCUAGGUUUCACGGGGCGGGGCGUGGUGCCUCCGGGGCGGAGAAACUUCUCUCGGAAGGCGCGGCCGCGGGAGGGCAACGGAGCCGCUCUGGCGCCGCCAGCGGGGCGACCUUGGGGCCCUGGGUGCUCUGGGCGCGCUCCCGCGCUUCCCGCGCUCUGCCACGCCCCCGCCCCGGACACUGGCGUAAGGGGCGUGGGCGUGGCCGACUGCUCAUUUCUUCGAGUGGCCAAUAAAGUUUGGAAAGUUUGAAAGGCUGAGGAAAAAGUCCACGCCCCUGUGGCUGUCCGACUGUGGGCGCCUACGGGCCUCGGCCGAGCCCGGGGCAGCCCAGCUCUCGCGGAGGCGUGGCCGGCGCGCGGGGCCCGGGGCGCGCGGGGAUGGGGGUCACGGUGGACGUGCACCAGGUGUACAAAUACCCCUUCGAGCAGGUGGUGGCCAGCUUUCUCCGAAAGUACCCAAACCCCAUGGAUAAAAAUGUCAUCUCUGUAAAAAUCACGGAGGAAAAAAGAGAUAAAUCAACAGGGAUCAUCUACAGAAAGAGGAUUGCAAUCUGUCAGAAUGUGGUUCCAGAAAUUUUAAGGAAGUCCUUAAGCACUCUGGUGAUUCUUUGUUGGAAAAAGGUGAGCAUUUUGAAAGUACCUAAUAUCCAAUUAGAAGAGGAGUCAUGGCUCAAUCCUCGGGAAAGAAACAUGGCUAUACGGAGUCACUGCCUUACAUGGACACAGUAUGCAUCCAUGAAGGAAGAGUCUGUCUUCCGGGAAAGUAUGGAAAACCCAAAUUGGACAGAGUUCAUUCAAAGAGGCAGAAUUUCAAUCACAGGAGCUGGAUUUCUCAACUGCAUUCUAGAAACUUUUGCCAGCACAUUCUUAAGACAGGGAGCCCAGAAGGGAAUUAGAAUCAUGGAGAUGCUGCUAAAGGAACAGUGUGGUGCCCCCUUUGCAGAAUAAAGAAUCAUCAUUUUCCUGGACUUUCCACAUUCUCCGCAAAUACUUGCAGUGGGAGCCAGUGUUCUCUAUCUUCCAGUUAUCCUGAAGGAAUGGCUUUCCUGUGGUUUUAUUUGUUCUUCUUGUUAAUUUUCAAAGUUUGGAAAUGUUGUAGAGUGAUUAAGAUUUAGAUGGCCAUCAUUAUCUUCAAGAUACUCAGAAAGCAGAACUCGUUAAAUUUGAUGCAAUCAAAUCAAUCACCUUCUUUUUCCCAUAUAGUGUAUGCUUUUAUUUCAUUUCAUUUAUUUAUAAAGUCUAAGACAUUUUCUUCAGUUAACUUUAUAAUUCUACCUGUAGCUUCACAUCUUACACUUACCAAGAGUGGCCCUUUUUAUAUAAUAUUAUGGAGAAACCCAGCUCUAUUUCAUACAUGUAAUAAAUAUUUUUUACAAUACCUUUUCUUAAUCAAAUCUUUUCUUAAUUAUUUACAUUUUGUCAUAUGUCAAGUAUUUAAACACACUAGUGUGUUUCUAGGCUAUUUAUUCUGUUCCGUUCUAUUUGUUAAUUUUUAUGGCUUAAUAAAAAUAUGUUAAUAUCUGAAAGCUUGCUUUUUAGUUUUUUGUUUUAUGGUUUACUUAGCUAAGCAUGGGUCUUCAUUCUUUCAUGUAAAUUUUAGAGCAAAUAUGAUAAAUUUCUCAAAGGCAUUCGAGUUGAUAUUUGACUGGAAAUUUAUACAUUAGUGAUGGGAAAAUUUACAUCUUUAAAAAAUUAUGGAAGCUUUUUCCAUUUAUUCUAAUCAUCUUUUACAUUCUUUAUUAGAUUUUAGAAUUGUUUUCUGGAGAGGUAUUGAGUUUUGUCGCUUAGGUUAAUUCCUAGAUAUUUCAUGGUUUUGUUGCUUAUUUUAUUUUUUAUUGUGUUUUCAAAUUGGUUAUUGCUUGUGUUGAGGAAUGCUAUUGAUUUUUGUAGGUUAAUCAUCUAUCAGCAACAUUGCUAAGCUCUUAUUUUUUCUAAUAGCUUGUCUCUAGGUUCUAUUGUUUUUCCUAAGUAGAUGAUCAUAUAUAAUCUACAGAUAAUGCUUCUACUUUGUCACUGUUGCAUUUUGAGCAUUUUAUUUUGCAUUCUUGGGUGAAAUAAAAAUAAGAAAAUAUAGCAGUGUCAUAUUUGUUCUUUGCUUUCCAUGCACUUCAAUUAUCCUUUCUUUCACUGUCCAGGGUAAUUACUUAAGAGUUGACAAUAGCUAUAUAUAUUUUUAAUGUAGUAAAAUGUCAAAACCCAUUAUGAACAGAAAAGUCAUUCUUUGUACUGUGGAGAAGAAAAUACUCAGCCCCUGAAGGACAAAUGUACUAAGGAGGAGAAACUCUAUCCUGCAAUCCACUCAUUUAUAUUACAUCUGUUGAUAGUAUUGAUCUUAGUACUUUGGUAAGCUGACUAACAAAAAUGAAAUAUUAGGGCCCAUUUUACUUACUUGAUUGAAUUUUAAAAAUUUGAUUAUUUUACUUACUUGACUUGAAUGUUUAACAUUUUAUUAUAAUUAUUUUUAUUAUCUAAUUUAUUAUAUUAAAUAAUCCAAGAAAUAAUAUUGUAAUUGUAAAUUAUUCAAGUCAUAUGAUUCAGAUAACACAGAACUAGGCAGAAAGAAUCUCUCUUUAUUGUCUUCAUAUUUCCACCUCGUCUUUCUCCUACCACUAUCAAAUUUUUCUGUGUCUCCUUUUAUCCCCUUUCUUUACUUAAAUACAUAUGUAUAUGUAGUGUAAGACUUUUUUCUUCAGUUACUUUAAAAACAUAUCAUUUAUUGAAAUAUAACUCACAUACCAUAAAAUUCAUCAUUUUAAAGUGUACAGCUGAGUGGGUUUUAGUAUAUCCACACAGUUGAGCAACCAACCAUAACUACUGUCUAAUUUUCAGACAUCUUUAUCACCCUCAAAGAAAACUCAUUCCUGUGAACAGUCACUCUCCAUUUACCCCUCUCCCCAGCCUCUGGCAACCAUUAAUCAACUUUCUGUCACUAGGGAUUUGUGGGCCAGACAUUUAACAGAAAUAGAAUAAAAUAAUACAUGGCCUUCUUUAACAUAGCUAUGCAUGAUUUAUUAAAAUAAGCAUUAAUUGGAUCAUAAUAAGUAUAUUUUUUCUGAUUCUCUUUUCCCUUAAUAUUUUUUCCAUAUCUUCUUAUAUAGUUUCACAUAAUAAUAAUAAUAAUUAUUAUUUUUUGAGAUGGACUUUCACUCUUGUUUCCCAGGCUGAAGUGCAAUGGUGCCAUCUUGGCUCACCACAACCUCUGCCUCUCGCAAGUGAUUCUCCUGCCUCAGCCUCCCGAGUAGCUGGGAUUACAGGUGUGAACCACCAUGCCUGGCUAAUUUUUGUAUUUUUAGUAGAGAUGGGGUUUCUCCAUGUUGGUCAGGCUGGUCUCGAUCUCCUGACCUCAUGAUCCUCCUGACCUCAGGUGACCUGCCUGUCUUGGCCUUCCAAUGUCCUGGGAAUACAGGCAUGAGUCACCGUGCCUGGCCUUACAUAAGUAUUUUUAAUAGCAAUAUAGUAUACACAGACUAGAUGCAUCAUAUUUUAUCCACGUAUUCUAUUAUCGACAGGUAUAUGAGUAAUGUGUCAGUCAAUAUCAACAAUCAACUUUGUUGUUCAUACAUAUGGUGUGCACGUGCAAGUGCCUUGUCUGAAAAAGAAAAUAGAACAAAAUGGAAAUAAUAAUAGGACUUACUAUAAAAAGUUAUUGUGCAGAUAGACAAGACAAUACCGGUGCUGAGAACGAUGCUGGGCACAUAGCAAACUCUCAAUAAAUGCUAGCUGUUAUUAAUAUUACAAAAAUAUUCAGAUCUGCAGUAGCAUAGAAGAUGUUUAUAAUAGCAAGUGUAAAAAUCAAGCCAGUAUCAAGACAUGGGAGCUCACCAGGAUUUCUUCUCAGUGGAAGAUUCCUGGAAGUUUUCUCUUCCUUUAUGACAAACUGUUUUUCUUUGUCUUCUUGGUUAUUCAUUGAUCUAUCCAUUCAGGAGACGUUUGUUGAGAGUCCACUGUGUGCUGGGCACUGUUCUAGUCACUACAUAUAGAAUGACGAAAAAGACAGGAAAGGUUUUGGAUUUUACAUUCUAACAGAAGACUUAGACCAGGGGUGUCCAGUCUUUUGGCUUCCCUGGGCCACAUUGGAAGAAGAAUUGUCUUAGGCCACACAUAAAAUACACCAAUACUACCGAUAGCUGAUGAGCUAAAAAAAAAAAAUCGCCAGAAGAACUCACAGUGUUUUAAGAAAGCUUAUAAAUUUGUGUUGGGUCACAUUCAGAUCCAUCCUGGGCCACAUGUGGCUAGAGGGUCGUGAGUUGGACAAGCUUGAUUAGACCUAAACAAAUAAACAAGAAAGUAGACAAUGAUACAUACCACGCAUAUAAUUAAAAUACAAUAAUGUGAUGAUAUUUUACUUGGUGACUACUCUAGAUUGAUGGUCAAGAAAGCCCUCUCUGCAGAAGUAACAGUGUAUCUACUGACAAAAAGCCUAAAUGACAAAAAGAAGCCAUCCAUGGGACAUUCAUAGGGAGAAACAUUUCAGGAGAGUGACUAACACAAGCAAAGGCAUUCAGGUAGAAGCUGGUGUGGUCAGUGUGAAGUACAGAAACCAGUGUGUAUGGGCAGUGGUGAGUGAAGUGGGGGCAGAAUAAGGUCAGAGAAGAAGACAGGAUCCAAUCAUUUGGGUGGUUAUAAGCUAGGGUGGGAAGUUUGGAUUUUAUUCUAAGUGGGAUGGAAGUAUCAGAUGAUUUUUAAGUAGGAGAGUAGCUUGAUUGGAAUUAAGUUUCAAGAAGUUCACUGGCUAUUCUGCAGAAAAUGGAUUUUAGUAAGAUUAGAAUCAGGGAGAUCAGUUAGAAAGUACAGCAAUGGUCUAGGCAAUAGAUGAUGACAGCUCAGAUUAGGGUAGUAGAACUAAAGAGGAGAAUGGCUGUUGGGAUUCAUUUGAAGACAAGUUAACUAGAUUUGCUAUUGCAUUGAUUGCGGGGAUAAAGAAAUAAAGGGACCGAAGAUAACCUCUAGUUUUGGCUUGAGUAAUUGGGUGAGUGGAGACGCUAUUUAUUCUGAAGAUGACUGAAGAAUUUCUGGGGAAUAGAAAAGUUCUGUUUUGAUAAUGAAAAAGCAAACAUUUCUAUCAGAAAUACAAACAGAAAUGACAAAGAGUUGAGUGCAUGAGUGUGGAUUUCCAGGAGAGAUACUAAAGUCUUCAAUACAGAUGUGGUAUUUAAAGCCAUGGCACUGGGAGGGCUUGCUUAGAUGGAGAAUGUAGAUAAAACAGAGAAAGAGGCCCAGGUUUAAGUUAUCUACAUACUCCUAGAUGGAGUAUGUACAUAAAAUAAAGAAAGAGGUCCAGGAUCAACUGCUGAGCUGUUAGGUAUAAAAAAAUGGAGUCUGAAAAAAAGACUGAGGGGGCUGGGCGCGGUGGCUCAAGCCUGUAAUCCCAGCACUUUGGGAGGCUGAGGCGGGUGGAUCACGAGGUCAAGAAAUCGAGACCAUUCUGGUCAACAUGGUGAAACCCCGUCUCUACUAAAAAUACAAAAAUUAGCUGGGCGUGGUAGCGUGCGCCUGUAGUCCCAGCUACUCAGGAGGCUGAGGCAGGAGAAUUGCCUGAACCCAGAAGGCGGAGGUUGCGGUGAGCUGAGAUCGCGCCAUUACACUCCAGCCUGGGUAACUCUGUCUCAAAAAAAAAAAAAAAAAAAAAAAGACUGAGGGAAGAGAAUGAAGUAGGGAGAAAAGCAGGAGAGAGUGAUGGUACAGAAGCAAAAAGAAGAAAAUACUUCAAGAAUGCAGGUGAGUUAAUUGUUAAGUGCUUAUUGAAAGGCUUGGUAAAAUGAAAGGAGAGAAAGGGAGUUUGGAUUUGGCAACAAGGAGACUUGAGAACCUAGGACACAGAUUUUAGAACCAGACAAAACUGGAUUUGAAUUUAGAUUUCGAAGAUCUGUUGUAAAGGUUAAAUGAGGUAAUAUAUGUGAAAUUACUUAGCACUUAAUAAGAACUCAGUAAAUAUUUCCUGGAAAGGCAGGAUUCUUGAAAUAUCAUAGGAAAGAGGUCCUAGCUUCCUGGUGUUUUGUUUUUGAAGUCCCGGGUUAAAAAAUUAUUUAAUUAUUAUUUUCAAAGCAGGGAAUAGAGUUUAUUGACCUGGAUGGAUGAGACUUCAGGGAAGUUACUUCUGCCCAAGAAGGGUAUGAAAAUGUUUAUUCCCAUGUAGUCCCACGGGGAGCUCUUCCUAACUCUUGUUUGGUUCCUUGGGCAUUUGUGCUUGUUAAAUGGUCAUGAAGUUUCAUGCCAAUGUGUCACACUUAUUUAAUUCUAACAUGAACAGAGUGGAUUGAGGCUAAAAGUGAUUGGUGUUGUGCCUAAAACAUUGACCAGACACAGCAGAGGAGACUAUUUCAUUACCAUAUUCCUGCUCUUUUCCUGAGGACAUCUUGCUGGGAGUUGGAGAGGGGACGAGAGGGUAAAAAUAAAGGUUUAUGGUUUACAGGUGCAAUCAUUAGGAGCUCAGUUCCAUUCUUGUCCCAAAACGUUGGCUCUAGAGUUACCCAGUUCAUAGUAUGCUAUAGACUUUUUGGUCUACGUGAAAAUGUGCUUAUUUCACAUGUGUAUUUGAAGAACAUUUUCACUGAAUAUAGAAUUCUGAGUGACACGUUUUUCUCUCCCUUUUUCAGCACUUUAAAAAUGUAAUUUUAUUAUCUUCUGCCACAUAUAUAUAUUCUAACAUGAACAGAGUGAAUUGAGGCCAAAAGUGAUUGGUGUUGUGCCUAAAACAUUGACUAAACACAGCAGAGGAGUAUAUAUAUAUGCACCAGAAGAACUCUCAUACAAGAGAAGUCUGAUAUCUGACUUUAUAUAUAUAGUAUACUUUAUAUAUAUACACUUAAUGUUGGUGUGUGUGUGUAUAUAUAUAUAUAUAUAUAUAGUCAGAUAUCAUUCUCAGAAUUCUCUUAUAUGUAAUGUUUCUCUCCUCACUUACCACCUUGGCUGCUUUUAAGAUUUUUCUCUGUAUCUUUGGCUUUUAGUAGUUUAACUAUAAUGUGUCUACAUAUCCUUUUUUUGUAUUCAGCUUGUUUAGAAUUAGCUAAGCUUUUUGGAUUCAUGGUUGGUUUUUGUCAUUAAUUUUGGAAGAUUCUGAUCAUUAUAUUAAUAUAUUUCUUUUGCUUCAUUCUCUCUAUUCUCUCUGGAACUCCAAUUAUAUGUUUGAUAAUGAUCUAAUAUUAUCCCAUAGUUCUAUGGUCUUCUUCUUUACUCGCCCUCAUUCUUUGUUCUCUAUGUAUUUCAAUUUAGACAACUUAAUUGACCUAUCUUUAGCUUAAUUGACUCUUUCCUCUGCUUUGGUCAGUCUUCUGAUAAGCCUAUCAAAUAUAUUCUUCAUCUCUGAUAUUUCAUUUUUCACUUUUCAUGUUUCUAUUUUGUUUUUUAUAUACAGUGUGUUAAAUUUAUAUAUAUAUUAUAUAUAUAAUAAUUUUCAUCUCUGCUGAAAUAGCCCAUUUUCUCUACUAGAUCCUUCAACAUAUUUAUCUUGGCCCUUUUAAAUUUUCUGUCUUAUAUUUUCAACAUGUGAGCCAUAUCUGCGUCUGCUUCCGUAUACUAUAUUUUCUCUUGAUAGAUUAUGUUUUGUUGCUUUUUCACAUGCCUUGUAAUUUUAAAAAAUGCAUGGUGGAUAUUGUAUAUAUAACAGUAGCAGCUGCAAUAAAUGCUACUUAUCCUAAAAAAAAGCGGGGGUGUUGCUUCUUUGUGUGUUAGGCUGCUAGUGUAGAGGGUUGAGUCAAUCUAAUUUAUCAGUGGCAUGCUAGUUGAUGUUGAACACCUGGAUCUUUGGAAAGAAAAGAAGCCUUGGCUUGCAGCAUUUGCUGAUUUCUACCCUUGCCAAUUUCAAACUAUCAACAUGAUGUCACAGAACACAGAGUUGGGAGAAGCACAGUAAUGUUACUAAGUAAUAUUUCUGAUAUACAAAUACAAUAGAUGUAAAUAACUUCAAGAAUAUAAUCACAAAAUAUAGUAAAAUCUUUAGGAAGUGAUGAGUUUAAAGUAUUUAUUACAUUUUAAAAUGUAAUUCACUUAUUUAAGUGUAUGUAAUUUAAUAAUGGAUAUAUUUAACACUGACUCACAAAAUUGGUGAACAUUUGACAAUCAGCUCUUUCAAGCUAGUACAAGAUGGCUCCAGCACACCACCUUUAGCUGAUUGUAUCAGGGCUUUGCUGUUGUUUCAGUUAGAUUCAGUUCACCACUGGAUUCAAAUGAUUUGUGGGCAGCAUCAGGAUUCUCCUUCCAGUAGGGUUUGGGAUUUGAGUAGAGGGAAUUUCUGGAGAUGUCUUGUGUUUCGUAGUGCAGCUACCAGCUUUCUGAACUAUGGGAGAGCUCACUUUGCUUCAUGACCUGGCUGCUAGCUUGCUGGGUCACUGGGGAGCUCUCCUUGCUCUUCAACCCUGCCCCUGUCUCUCUGUGCCCCACUCUGCUGCCCUGUCUCUGCCUGUGGUAGUGCACUCAGUGAAACCCAGAGUGCCUGUGAGCAAUUUCUCUCAGUCCUCUUGCUCCUACCCCCUCCCCCACCACUCCAGCCAGAAGUACUCAGGAACUGGAGGGCAUUGGAGGAAUUCUGUCAGUUCUCCUACUUUGCCCCCAGACUUCAGCAAACACUAUACACCUGCAGCUCAGGGAGAGAGUCUCCCAGCUCUCCACUCUGUUCCCAGAUUUCCAUGUAAGCACCCAGUGAAGGUCCCUGGGAGAGACUGGCAGGUGGCUGCAGAUUUGUGGCUGGGGCUCCCGGAGAUGCUAAGCAGUCAUGAUAGCGCUCACUUAGCCUUUAACAACUUAAAGUGGUUCAGGUGGUUCUUCUUAUCCCAAUCAACGGCAGCUUCCUCCCCAUUUCACCCCUCCACCAAAGAUGAAAGCAGCCAUGGGUAUCUUCUCUUCUAGCAGGAGCUCACUAUUUUCUGGAAUUUGGUUCUUCUGGAUUUCUUUGAAACCCCAGAUUUUUAAUGGCCUCCAUAAAACUGCAAUUUUCUAAGUUCCUGUCCUGUUCUUUUUGUUAGAAUGGCAACAACACUCUUCUGUGACCUUCUACUUUCUAAGUGAAAAUGAAAUUUUCUUGAUUAAAUUCUAAGCAUGAAUUUCUGUUCUGUUAAAGAGUAUACCAGUAGUUGGAAAAUGACUUCUAAAAGCAGGCAGAUGGUAGACAUCGAUCCUCUUGAAUGCUUGGGUUCAGGAAAUUAAAAGGGUUUGAGCUGAGGGUCAAGGGUACAAACAAAGAUAAGUGAAAUUGCAGAGUAUGGCUCCAUGGUAUAUGCAGCAGAGAUUACUCACUGUCUAUUCUAAUAUUAUCCUCUUCCUUAGAAGCAGAACCCUGUAUGCCUAGCUGAAUGCAUGGUCACCUGAAUAAAUUCUCUAUUCCUCAACCUCCCUUGCAGAGAGGUGUUCAAUGUGUUUAAGUUCUGGUCUAUAAGUUGUAAGCAGAGAUGUCUAUGGCAGCUUCUGGGAAACCUUUGUAAAGAACCUUCUUUUUUAUCUCUUACUCAUUUCUGCUACUUGGUAUGCAGAUGAAGUGGCAUGAGCGUCAGCAACCAUUUUGAACCAGGCAGUGACAUUGAGAGCAGGUGCCACUCUUGUGGAACAGUAAGAACAAAGGUGUCUGAUCUAUGGCAUCAUGGACGCUUAUGCUAUGUCCGGAUUGCCCUCCUCCUGACUUCUUUCAUAGGAGAGAAUAGUUCAUUCUCUGUUUUAGCCAUAGUUUGGGGGAAGAAGAAUUCCUCCGAAAUGAAGUUAAACCUGUCUGACUGAUUGGUAGGUAAACUAGAAUUAUGCAAUCAGAAUCUUAGAGCUAGAAGAAUCUUUUAAUAGCACUUAAUUCUAUUUUCUCCUUUUAUAAAAAAGGGAAAAAAAUGAGGCCCAGAGAGAUUAAUUAUUUUCCCAAGGUUAAUGACAGUUUGCUUUAAAUAGUACUCAGGAAAAUAUCCCACAUAGACCUAGAAUUUAUUAGUACAGCUAUAUAACACAGUUUUUUUAUAGAAACAUAAGUAGUACUAAAGAUAAUAAAUAUUUUAAUAUUUAUCACAUAUACACUAUAUAUGUCAGAGAUAAGUAAAAUAUUGUGCCUUAAGCAAAGUAGACAGUGUCUUGGCACACUUCCAAGCCUUCAUGGAGGAAAAAUUAAUAGUACCUACUAAUUGCUUGGAAGAAGUUUCUUUGGAUUAGAAAUCCUCUUCCAUCAUCUUUUUAACAAGUAUAGAUUCUGAAAUAGACUGGCAAAAAAUUUGUCCCUUUACCCCCAAAAAAGCAAAUUUUAAAAAAUCUGUAAAUAGAUUUAAAUAUUAGGUCUUUCUUCUCCAGGGACAGAAAUUAAAUGGGUUGGAAUACUCCCUCUUUGUCAGAAGGAAACUGGAAUUGACCUCCAGAAACUUUAUUGCAAGAUCACAUUCAAUUUCUCUGAUCUGAUCUGCUCCAAUCUCUAAGGGAGUGACCACAGCUUAGGGAUCUGGAGCCUUCUCAAUGAGGAGCUAAAAAUGGGGUUGGCAGUGGUCACUAUCUACAUACUAUUUGAGCACUGUAUUUGAAAGAGAACAAGAAGUAUGAAAAUCUUUUAAUUGGUGAUUGGCUCCUGUCUCUUGAUGCUCUAAAAUUCCAAUCUUGUUAUUAUUAAAAAAAUUAAAAUGUGAUCUAGCCAAAUGGAGCAGACAAACUUUAUUUUGUUUUAAAUACAGAUCUAGGACUAGAACCUGCUUUUCUUUAUUCCCAUUAGAAUGUUCAUUCACCUCACUGAAUCUGACAACACAAAUAGUGAAGGCCAGUCUUGCAGUUGCAUGAUGAGGCGGUUCUGAUGUGUAAUUGCAGAUGAACCUGGAAGCUCGCUCUUGUCCUGCUGUCUCCCACUAAUCUCACCAAAGCUGGAAACUCCACAAGUAGAAAACUAUUCCUUGGUUUAGAGUAAUCACCUGGGAGAGAUAGCACAGAAAGCCACAUAAUUAUUUACACUUUGAAAUGACUGUGGCUCUGGGUCCCUUCCUGAGAGAGCUAUUGGUAAGGAAGCAAGAAGAGAGGAUUAACUGUCAGUCCCUGGGGAAGGGCAACUGAGAACUACUGAGAUUCUCAGUGGGUGGGAUUCAGUAGGGCUUGGUAGGUGGGCCAGUAAAAUACGCAAGAAUAGUAACUGGAGUCCUUGCCCUAUGCUAGUUUUGCUCUAGGUGGUCUUGUAAUCAGGUCUAGGGCUGCCAGCCAUGUUUACUCCAUAGGAUCAGGGUUGGAGCAGCUUUCUCAUCCAGGCACUUGCCACAGCAGAGCUCAUGCAGCUCACAACCUUUGUGUAGUUUUCUGGCCAUAUAUGGAGGCAGCUGUAGACAGUGUCUUUGAUGCCAGCUUGCUGGGGGAAUUUUCCACAAAAGCACACGAGGAUUUGUCCCACCCGACUGAGAAUGCUGUUUUCUGGAUGAAUAUCUAUUUAUGCAUGAGGAAAGUUGGCAUUGGUAAAGUGGUAGCUUAUUUUUCUUUUUUGUUUGGUUUUAUUUUUUGCUUCAGAAAUAGAACAGAUUUAGCGUUACUUGCUUUUGAAGGCACAGUUCUCCCUACAGCAUGACCUUAAAUUUUGUUGUCCCCGGGCAAGAAUGGGAGAAAACAUCUCUUCUAGCUUUUUUUAAAAGCAAUGCAAGUGCAGAGAAUACUUGAGAAAAAUUUUUUGUUUAAUUUCUAUGUCUUUGAAAAUAAAUCUUUUUUCUACAAAAUAUAAUGCUUACUGUAAAGAAAUGAGAAUAAAUAAGAAAACAUACAUAUAAGAAAAAAAUGCAAUUGGAUGACAGUUAAAAUGAUGUAAUAAAAUUACAUUACAGCUGGAAGGGACCUUAGAAAUAAUCUAACUCCAUAAACUGUUUUAUUUUAUAAAUGAUGAAACUGGGUCCCGGAGAGGUUAAGCAACUUGUCACACAGUUAAUAAUAAGAGGAGUUAAAAUCCGUCCUUUUUUUCUUGAUUAGUCUUUUUCUUACUGUAGUGGUUUGCCAGAAUUAAUUUUUUCAUUUUUAGUGAUGAGACUGUUUCUUUAGGUCAAAUAUUACUCUGAAGCCCAACAUAUAAAACAGGCAUGUUCCAGUUGGAUGGAAGCAGGUGGGGAGGGGAAGAGCGGGCCUAUUCUCUCCAUCUCCCACUUCCCCAAGAAUGUUUUGCAGAUACCCCAAUAGCACAUCUCAGAUUUCCUAGAGCAACAUCAGAUAUACUGAAUAAUCAUUGCAUUAUACUAUUUGUCAUUUAUUUAUUCAACCGCUAUUUAUUGAAUGUUUGCUAUGUGCCAGGCAUCUUUUGAGGGUGAAAAGAAAACAGCUUUGAAUAAGGCAAGAUUGUUUGGGGUGGGGCUGAGUUCAUGCAGCAUGCUGGGUGUCUUCCAGGCUCUGUCUCCUUGUCUGUGGCAGCUUUUUGCAUGCUAUUCUUGUGUUUUUGGGUAUAUAGUACUUCACAAUUUGAAUAGGGACAACACAAUGUAAACCAUCCCAGGAACUUCCAAAUCGGCAAGAUUUUUUUUUUCUGACUUGAUCUGAGUAAUUUUUUUUGUCUGUUUUUGUUUCAAAAAGAUCUAUUAUUUCUCGGUGUUUAUGCAGAGCCUUUUAUUUCUCCUUAGCUGGUAGUGGACUUGGCAGUUGCCCUGAGACUAAUUUCUAUUUCUACUUGUAUUAGAGAGGAAGACAUUGUCAAUUCUAAAGGCUACCAUUUCAGUACCUUAUGGAUAACUUCUUAAGGAAGCUAAACAUACUAACUUAACAGAUUUUUUAAAAAGUCUCAUUCCUGGUGGACACACUUAAGAAUCCUGUAUCAUAUUCUCUAAUGUGGUUUAUUAUAAGCUUGGACCUCAUAAUACCCUCUUUUUGACAUUACUAGCACAUUCAAAUUCCAAAGGUCAGCUGAACCUUUUGCAAGUUAGCCACCUGGCUCGUCAACUCCUUUCAGUCGUGACACAACGUCAAGAGGAGUGUUGUCAUAUUCACUGAGGUCACUUCCUGGCUCUGCCACUCACUGCAACCUGCUUGCUAUCGAUCUUGGGCAAAAAGCUUUCCUGAGCUCAGUUUCUUCACCAGUAUAUUAAUAAAAUGGGUAUAAAAUCAGUGUCAUUGUGACAAUUAAAAUAAUCAUAUCACAGCGGCACAGUGCGUCCCCAGGAUAUGCUUAAUAAAUUUUGUUCACAUCCUCAUUUGCUUUGAAUUUGAAGGACACCUGAGUGACUUAAGGAUUAUGUCAAAUGCAGAUUCAGAAUGAGCAGGCCUGAGGAUGAGGCCUGAGACAUUUCAUUUCCAACAGGCUUCCAAGUGUUAACUUGCAUGUAAGGUCCUAGAAAAGGAUGUUUAGUCACUGUGAAGUCUGGGCAUGUGAUUGAAUCUCGGCUUUACCAGUUGCCAGGUGGAUGAUCUUCAUUAAGUCACUGUGCCUUUCUGAGCCUCAUUUCUCAACUGGAGUUACUUAUGUUUCAUAGAUCAAGUGAAGACUUAAAAUGAGACAACAUUUAAAGAGUGCCAUGAGUAUAACACCAAUAUUAUUAUUGCUAUUUUAUAUUUCAGUCAUAUUAGACUAAACAACACUGACACUGAGAGAGUGACCUGCAGCUAUUGGGCAGAGUGCGUACAUCUUUCGUAUAGCACCUAGUGUAGUGCCUGGUACACAGGAGGUGACUCAUAGAUAUCGAAUUGUAUUUCUCAUAUGAAGUUCGUAUGGGUAGAGGCUGGCUGAAGACCGGGCAGAACUGCUUGGUAGAAACAAACAUUCAUGUCAUGGUUAGAGUUUGGGUGGGUGCUCCCUUGAACUUCCUUCUAUAAAGGAAAACUACCCAUUGAUCGACUGGGUUCAAAAAGGAGGAGUUGUGCUCAUCAAUUUUUUUUUUCCUUCUGGGAAGCACUGUGAUUCUUAUUAUAACUGGUAUUUUUAUGAUACCUUCUGGAAUUAGAUGCUGAGGUCCUUAGUAAGGUGGUUCUCUGAUGAUACGGACAGUAUUCCUACUUUGUGUCAGUGGCUUAGUUGUGGCUUCCAGUGCAACUCGGAGCUAGCUUAGUUUGCAGGAAGAAGCCUAGAGUUCAGGGCACCUCGGUGGAGUUGUGCACUCCAACUUUGCCAUUUACCUGCCUCCUUCUUUGUCUUUCACAUACAUUUUAUGACUCAACCUCUUUUCCCCCAUUUAAUUAAAAAUAAUUCUGCAAGUAAUAUAUGCCUAUGCUAAAAAAUAGAAAAUAUGGGCAAAUAAAAACGAGGAAAUAAGUAUCCCUGAGAUCUUCCACCUUAAGAUAAACUUUUUUCUUCCUAAUUUUUUGAAGUAAAACUUUCAAAGUGGCUGUGGUGGUGGUGGUGGGGUGUGUGUGUGUGUGUGUGUGUGUGUGUGCAGGUGGGCAUAUGUGCAUGGGUGAUGUAUGGCCCAUAGCUGUGAUUGGAUUUUAUACUUUAUUUUUUUUGUUGGUAGGAAAACAUCAUGAGAAAGAUAUUAUUUGGUGACAUGUAUAAUUUAUAUGAAAUUCAUAUUUCAAUGUUCAUGAAUAAAAUAUUAUUGGAAUACAAGCAUGUCUAUUUUGCUUUUGCGUAUUAUCUAUAGCUGCUUCCUCAAAACAAUAGUAAAAUGAAUUAGUUGUGACAGGUAUUAUAUAGCCUACAAAGCCUAAAAUAUUUACUGUCUGAUUCCUUACCAAAAAUAUCUGUUGACCCCUGGCAUAAUCAAUUUCUAUUUUGGUAGCCUAACUGUCUGCUUAUCAAUAAACAUUUUUCUAGAAAUAUUGUCUCCAAAAUCAUCUUAGUCUUUCAUUAAAAUCAGUACUUUUCGCCAGGCAUGGUGGUUCAUGCCUGUAAUCCCAGCACUCUGGGAGGCCGAGGUGGACAAAUCACUAGGUCAGGAGCUCGAGAUCAGCCUUGGCCAACAUGGUGAAAUCCUGUCUCUACUAAAAAUACAAAAAAAAAAAAAAAAAUUAGCUGGGCAUAGUGGUGGGCACCUUUAAUUCUAGCUACUACAGGAGGCUGAGGCAGAAGAAUUGCUGGAACCCGGGAGGUGGAGGUUACAGUGAGCUCAGAUUGCACCACUACACUCCAGCCCAGGUGACAGAGUGAGACUCCAUCUCCAAAAAAAAAAAAGGUACUUUUUGGGUUCAGAUCUAUUGUCUUUAUCCAUUGUUAGGGUGCUUUUCCAUUUGUAAAGCAUUAUUAUUUAAUUAUUGGAGCCUCCAAGUGAGUUAGACAUUAUGUGUUCAUAAAUACUCUCAGCUUGCAAGUAAUGGAAACCACCUUGAGUGUCUUAAAUAAGAAAAUGGGAUUGAGAAAGACUGACUUUAAAAAUAGGGGAUUUGGCCUGCAACCCUGGGGUUGAGCUCAGCUGGGCUUCUGAAAGGGUGUAGCAAGCAGCCAUGACUCUCUUGGUCACCUCUCAGCUCCAUCCUAUAUGUCCUUUUUAAUAUCUUUGCACAGCUCAUCUGUCUCUGCCUAUCAGUACAAGUGCAUCUGGCUGCUAACAGCUCAGCUCUCCAUUUUACCAGUCCUACCACUCUGAAGGAGACUAAUUAUAUUUCCUUUUGGGCCCAAUUCUAAAUUUUAUUUAGGAGGGAAACAUAGGUGGCCCAGCUUUGGCCAAAUUUCACUCCUGGUCCAUUCAACUGCAGCUAUUAUAGAAAAUGGCUGCUGGGGGAACUAUUUACAAAAUGGCUCCAUUAUACAUGCGGGGACAUUAAGAGGAAUACUUGUGGGUUAGGCAGAGAUUUCAAAAGUUAUCUAUUUCAUUAUAUUGUUUCCUAUUUUACAGGGGAAGGAAUUAAAUACUAGCGACACCAAGUGAUUCUCAAGUAGUACUUUGUCAAAUAUCAGUAUACAGACUCCAAAUUUCAGGUGUGUUUUGAGUACACCAGACUGCUGCUUAUGGAUUGCUGUGGACUUGGGAUGUUACACCAGUAACACCACAUUUGGGCUGCAGAUCAUGUUUUGCUCAUUUCUCAUCUCAUUGCUUGAUAUAUCGUUGGAAGGUGGGAAUUCCCUCUGUGUCUUUUACUUUGU